AUGGGGUUCUACGAGAGGACCAUGUGGCAGUUCGACGAGGGCGUGACCGGCCUGUUCUCACAAUGGAACGCCUGGUCCACCGCCAUCACCACUUUCCUCGUCAUAUACCUGAGCUAUACGCUCUUCUCGCGCCGCGACCCCGAUACCCAUCCUCUGCUGCUGGCCCGCCAAGCCCAGGCCUCACCCGUGCGAUACCCAAACGAGUCGUCCAUCUACCGGUCACACUCCGCCCCGCAUGGCAUGCCCCUGAACGCUGGGCUCAACGUCAAGGAGCCCGGUGCCUCCAAGUGGUCGAGGGGCCGAGAUGGCGACCUCAGGGACGUCUGGCGGCAGGCCGUCAGCGGCACUUCCCAGGAGGGCAAACCAGUCGGCAAGGGCAAGAUCCUGACUGUCUUGGGUGCCGAGAAGGUCCUGGAGCACAAGCUUGACGAUGUGACCCGGCAGAUCAACCUCAUCGGCAAGCACAUCCUCGACCAGGGCGGUGCUCGCGUCGCAAUCUACCUCCCCAACUCGGUCGAGUUCAUCGCUGGCCUUUUCGCCUGCUCCUUCCACAACCUGACUGCGAUUCUCAUUCCUUUCGACCAGUCCGAUGAGGCUGUCAUUUCCAUGUUGCGGCGCUCUGCUGCCGAUACCGUUGUCGCCCUGCCUGGCUCCUUCCCCUUGGACCUCGUGGUCAAGAACUAUCCGUCCCUGAGACAGGUCAUAUGGGUUGUUGACGAGGGCAACAGGCAUCUGGACUGGACAGAGGUUCCCGAGGGCGUGGGAGGCAGCCUUAACGUUUCAACCUGGCAGGAUAUCGUACAGGACAGCCCUGUGGAUGCCGGCGCUGAAGUUCUUCCCGCCCAGGGCCAGUUGGAGGCUCGGGAUGUCACUGUCUUCUGGAAAUCGAAGCCGGGUGUCACCGAGGAGAUGGUCCGCUUUACAAGCGCCAACUUCGUGUCCGCAAUCGCCGGGCAGCUCUUUGCUGUUCCGCAAACCCAGCGCAUGAGCCCGUCGGACCUGUUCCUGCCUGCUGACGCCCUGACCAACACGCACACCCUCGUCCUCACCCUGACUGCCCUCUUCUCCAACGCCUCGGUGGCAUUCAACUCCUCGGCAAGCGAGGAAAUGGACCUCACUCUCGCCACUCGCGGAAUCUCCCCCACCAUCGUCGUCGCAUCACCCAACACUCUUCUCAAGACGCAUGCUGAGGCUACUCGCAACGUCAGCUCAUUCCUGCCCAGCAAGAUUCACUGGCUGCAGACCCGAACCCUCACUCAGAACGGCGUCAUGCCCGCCGCGUCCCUGCUUACCAGCCUCAACGACAGUCUGCGGCCGGCCGUCGGCCGCACCCCGGGAAAACUCCGCCUCGUGUACACGGCCGAGCGCGCCGGGGCAGGCACGCCGCCCCUGUCGUCCGCCGUGCUGUCUGACCUACGUAUCUUCCUCGGCGCGAGGAUUCUCUACGCGCUGAGCGCACCCAAGGUCGCCGGUGCUGUGGCGCAGACGCAGUUCUAUGACUAUCGGGUCUUUGAGGACAAACAAUCGCACUUCGGCCCCCCUCUGACUUGUACGGAGAUACUCCUGAAGGACUCGGGUGACCACAAGGUUACGGAUGACAAGGCUGAAGGAGAGAUAUAUGCCCGCGGCCCUUGCGUGGCAGGCGGCGAGGCUUCGCUGGGUGUAACGGGCACAAUCCGCUUCGACAACACGCUCACAUACAUUUGA